AACGAAGUCGUCUUUGUCUUUUGUUUAUUUCUUUAAAAUACAAUGUUGUAUAAACAUUUGCCUCUGUUAGCAGUAUCAGAUUACGGUUACUUCAUCAUCCGUCCCUAAGUUCAUCUAAUUCGCAAUCACAAUCAAAUCAGAUCUCAAGUGAAACGAAAGCAAAAUUAAAACUUGCGACGUGACUUUUUUCAUAUUAUUUCACAAUGCGUCGCAGAAACUUUCAAAGACCUUCGUUACCAUCGUACAACCCAAAUCUGGAGUUACCCAAGAUUUUCUCGCCAGAAGAUCAACUUUUUCAACCGACGAAUUUCGCAAGUUUGUCGUCAUCAACCAAAAGUGCCUUCCGUGAAUUGGUCGAGUACCAAAAUAAUGAACAUCAACUCACAGCAAAAACGUAUCAAUUUAUCGCUCCGUUGCUCACAGAAAUCGAGGAUGCGCACAUUCAGGUCAAGCUGGAGUACAUUCGGUUACUCAACAAGAGGCUUGAAAGGCAUCAAAGCAGCUUCCAUGACUACAAACUUUUCAUGGAUGUUGCCAAAGAAAUGCCUCCAGAAGCGAGUGAAGGUGACUACGUGCUGUUACGAACGAUGGAAGAUGUGAAAUACGAAGAAGACAAAGACUACCGCUUAUCAAUUACGCGCGUUAAUGAGACCUAUUUAGAAGUUCGCACCUCAGAACAUUGCCGAAAUCGCUUAGAAGCCACCAAUUACGAGGUUCGCUUUCGCAAGGAUCGCACAGUAUUCCGUUUCGAGCAACAUGCCCUCAAUUCGUUGCCAUCAGCAGUCAUUGAAAAUGUACUUUUUCCCAAAAAAUGUGGCUUACCUGCAGAUCCUAAUGCGAUGAAAUUCGAAUGGUGCAGCAACAGCGUCAAAACAAAUCCCGAACAACAACAAGCUGUUCGAAAUAUCGUCAAUGGAUCCGCAUACCCGGCACCUUAUAUCCUCUUCGGACCUCCGGGAACGGGUAAAACAACCACUUUGGUAGAGACAAUCGCCCAAAUUCGCAAAGUCAAGCCCGAAGCAAAUAUUUUGGUGUGUGCCUCAUCGAAUUACGCUUGUAACGAAAUCAUGUCCCGACUACUGGAUUUGAAUGUUGUUGACGAAACCGACAUGUUUCGCUACCUUUCGAAGAGCCAAAUGCGAAAACUCGAUACAAUUGAGGAUCGAAUCUUGGAAUUAUCGAAUAUUGAUAAGAAUCAAAUGUUUAAUAUUCCGACAAAAGAAGACCUGCAAGGGUACAAAAUCAUUUUUUUAACACUUGUGACAGCGGGACGUUUACAUCUCCUCGAGAUGGGCACAAAUUGGUUCGAUUACAUCAUCGUCGAUGAAGCGGGAAGUGCCACGGAAGCAUCCACAGUAAUUCCAAUCGCUGGUUUCGUGUCUGUUUCGUCGUAUUUGAAGCACAAACGAAAUCACGUCGUUCUUGCGGGCGAUCCAAAACAACUGGGACCCGUCAUUUGUCACAGAUCCGCGGAAAAACUCAUGUACGGGCGUUCCAUGCUCGAUCGUCUCAUGGAAUUGGAGUUGUAUAAACCGGAUGAAAAGUCAAAACGCUACAACGCUGCUUGUCUCACAAAGUUACUUCAAAAUUUCCGUUCGCACAAGAACAUUCUCGACAUUCCAAACAAGCUUUUUUAUGACAAUGAAUUAUUGGCGAUGGCAAAACCAGCAAUUACGGACAUUUGUCUGCAUCAACAAAUCCUGCCAAAUAAGAAAGUUCCAAUUAUUUUCCAUUCCGUCUACGGGGAAACGUUAAAAGAAGACGAUAACCCAAGUUUAUUCAAUUUAGAAGAAUGUAAAGUAGUUUUGAAUUACAUUCGUAAGGUUUUGCUCAUGACUUGCCCCAACGGCGAAAAAAUCGAGCCAAAGGAAAUUGGAGUUAUCUCACCGUAUCGGCGCCAAUGCGUGGAAUUAACGAAAAUAAUUCGAAAAACGCUCAAAUUGUACGACAUUGAAGUCGGAAGUGUCGAACAAUUUCAAGGUCAAGAACGAAAAGUCAUCAUUUUGUCGACAGUUCGUUCAAAUACCGAAACAAUUGGAUUCCUCAGCAACCCGAAACGACUUAACGUGUCGAUAACACGUGCCAAAGCUCUCUUGAUCAUCGUCGGCAAUCCCAUUACCUUGCAACUCGACAACAAAUGGCACAAACUCAUCAAGUACUGUGUCGAACAAAAGGCAUGCAAAGGUGGUUUUGUGCCUCUUAAGAAACACGUGCGUGGUCGUUUCAAAGAUAAGCGCAAGUCAAGUGCCCAAAAAGCACUUAAUGACCAAUUGAAGCAACUUACGCUUGAAAAAUUGCCUGAAUCUGCUCCUAAAAAGACAAUUUUGCAUCACAAAGCUCCAACUCCAUCCACUUCGUCGGGUUGUACUUCAGCAAGUUUCACGGAUGACAACACGGAUGACGAAACAACGGCAGAUUUGGUGUCUGAUUCCGAGUUAGAUGACAUCCAAGUAGAUAUCAAUGUCUUAACGGACGACGAGGAAAUCGCAAUUCCGUGUUUUAAUGCUUCCGAAGACGUUUUGACGACCGACGAUGAAGAUGAAAUUGACGAAAGUACAAAUAAUAAUGACGAAACGAUAACUGCUGAGCCAAAGAAUGACACAAAUGAUAUUUUCGCAGCUGAAUUCGAAUUUCACAUUGACUCGUUCGGGUUCGCUCAGUGAUUUUUCCCUUGAAUUUCCUUUGAAUUGUAUUUUCUAUCACUGUAAGAAAGACUAAAAAAUUCAUGACGUACAAAAUUUUCUACUAAAAAAAAUAUAUUUUGUAUGAAAAACUAAUUUUUUCAUGAUUUUUUAAAUUUUAGCUCUUUCCAUUUGCCAUCCGGAACACAAUUUAGCUGCCCAAUGACGAUUUCCAUGGAAUAAUUUCGAGUUCGAUACUCCUCUGAUGAAGUAAAAACAAUUUUCUUACAUUUCAGGAACUCAAUUACUUCCUUGGUUCGUGUGCAGGACAUUUCAUUUCCGCCGAAGAUGAAAAUUUCCAAGUUUGGAAGGAGUUCUG